GAGUACCCGUAGUAUCGCCCAAAGAAGGGCCACAUCCAAAUGAAAAAAAAAAAAAGAAGAAUUUGAAACAGAGAUAACAAUGUAUCGCGCACCCAUGUGAGUGAGUAAGAUAGGAGGAGACACACUUUCUUUUACCGCCCCAUCGGAUAUUUCAGAGCACACAUACAUCACUUUUAAAAAAACCCUUCAUUCACUAUUCAGUAUUCACCUUUCCCCUUCGCCAUGGCUCCCUCUCUCCCCUCCUUCUUCUUCUUCCUCCUCCUACGAACCCUAACAAUGGCGUACGCCGCCACCUCCCCCGACGACAUCGAAGCCCUAAGAUCCUUCGUGGCCGCGGUGGAGCCCGCCUCCGUCCCCGCGGGGUCGUGCCUCAGCACCUGGGACUUGGCCCGCGACCCCUGCGACUCCGCGUUCGGCCCCUUCUUCACCUGCGGCCUCCUCUGCUCCGACCCCUCCCCCGCAGCCCCCCUCCGCCGCGUCACCGCCGUCGCCCUCGCCGGCGCCGCCUACUCCGGCGACGCCGCCCGCGGCGCCUCGACUCUCUCCGACAACCGCUUCUCCGGCCCCCUCCCCGCCUCCCCCGCCGCUCUACCCCCUCGCCUCCUCCGCCUCUCCCUCUCCCGCAACUCCCUCUCCGGCCCCAUCCCCUCCUCCCUCUUCCCCCUUUCGCCUCCCUCGCCGCUGCGGGAGCUCUACCUCGACGGGAACCUCCUCUCGGGCCCGAUCCCCGGCGAGCUCUCCUCCCUCCGCGCCCUCGCCCACCUCGAUCUCCGAUCCAACAACCUCUCGGGCCCCAUCCCCGACCUCGGCCCCGUCCGGGGCCUCCUCUACCUGCAGGCGAGCGACAACGCGCUCUCGGGGCCCUUCCCGGGCCCGGGGCGCCUCCCCGCGUCCCUCCUCGCCGCGUCGCUCCGCGGCAACCGCCUCGGCGGCGCGCUGCGGGGCGCGUCCCUAGCGGCGCUGCCCGCGCUCCGCGUGCUGGACCUGGCCGGGAACGCGCUGGAGGGCGGCGUCCCCGGCGCGGCGUUCGCGCACCCGGCGCUGGAGCAGCUGAACCUGGCGUCGAACCGGCUGGGGGGGCGGGUGGAGGAGCCGGCCGACGGGGCGUGGUCGACGAGCCGGCUGGUGGCGGUGGAGCUGGGGCGGAACCGGAUCGGGGGCGCGCUGCCGGGCUUCUUUGGGAUGAUGCCGCGGCUGGCGGCGGUGGGGCUGGAGGGGAACCGGUUCGUGGGGGUCAUCCCGCCGCAGUACGCGCUGCGGGUGGCGGGCCUCGGUCUCGGGGAAUGGGCCCCGUUCGCGCGGCUGAUGCUGGCGGGAAACUACCUGAUUGGGCCGAUACCGAGCCCGAUGGAGGGGCUGAAGGAGGGGAGCGCCGUGGUGACGCUGGCCGACAACUGCCUCCUCCGCUGCCCCCCGCAGGUGUACUUCUUCUGCCAGGGCCUGCCCCAGAAGCCCGCCGCCACGUGUCGCGCCUUCAACCCCGGCCAAUCAUCCCCUCACUUAAGCUAAACUUCACUAUUAAUUUUUUGAUUUAUUGAUGAUGAUGAUGAUAGAGUGGUGCUGUAAAAGACAUAUUAUAAUAUAUAUUAUAUAAUAAAUAGGGAAAAAGAAGAUGUAGAAAAGAAAGGAAUUGCAGGGCACGGUGUUGUAAAACAAAAAAAAUAAGAGCAGCUGGAGGUUGCAAGAAUUGUACGGACUGUAGAGUUUUUUUUAAAAAAAAAAAAUUAAUGUAAUAAAGUAAUUGUGUUUUUAAGUA